AUGCCGCGUGUGCUCUCCAGGAGCCAGGACGCCUUCCCUGCCAUGCUCACGGGCCCUCGCGCUCUUCUUGCAGGUGACCAUGCCCCUGGCCUUGUCCAGUGGACACUGGCUUCCCGGACUCCCCGGCCUGGGACCCAGGCUGAGGAGCAGCUUUGGGUGUUUUGCAACCCAAGCCAGACAGCUGAAGUGACCACUUCACAUCUCCCACGUCACGGCGUGUGGACUCGGACAGCAGGGCAGUGCAAGCCUGCCCUCAGCCUGUGCCUGGCCAGUCGGGGACCACUGCACCCCUCCCAACCAUCCGUGCCAGCCACAGCGCUCAGACUGCCGGACUUGGGGGCAAGCAUCACAACCAUCCGGGUGACCUGCACGGGCUCCUGCGGGGUGUCCAGCAAGGCCAAUGAUGCGGCAUGGGUGGUGGAGGAGGGCUACUUCAACAGCUCUCUGUCGCUGGCUGACAAGGGGAGCCUACCCACUGGAGACCACAGCUUCCCCUUCCAGUUCCUGCUUCCUGCCACAGCACCCACCUCCUUUGAGGGUCCCUUUGGGAAGAUCGUGCACCAGGUGAGGGCUAGCAUCGACACGCCACGGUUCUCCAAGGACCACAAGUGUGGCUGCGUGUUCUACAUCCUGAACCCCCUGAACUUGAACAGCAUCCCGGACAUCGAGCACCCCAACGUGGUCUCCACCACCAGGAAGUUCUCCUACAAGUUGGUGAAGACGGGCAGCGUGGUCCUCACAGCUAGCACGGACCUCCGUGGCUAUGUGGUGGGCCAGGUGCUACGGCUGCAGGCAGACAUCGAGAACCAGUCGGGCAAGGAUACCAGCCCCGUGGUGGCCAGCCUGCUGCAGAAGGUGUCCUACAAGGCCAGGCGCUGGAUCCACGACGUGCGGACCAUUGCGGAGCUGGAGGGGGCCGUGGUCAAGGCCUGGAGGCGGGGGGAGUAGCAGAUCCUGGUGCCAGCCCUGCCCCAGUCCGCCCUGCCGGGCUGCAGCCUGAUCCAUAUUGACUACUACCUGCAGGUCUCCCUGAAGGUACCUGAAGCCACCGUGACCCUCCCAGUCUUCAUUGGCAACAUCGCCGUGAACCAGGCCCCACUGAGCCCCCAACCAGGCCUGGGGCUGUCUCCCAGGACCCUGUCCACGGUGGUGCCCUCUGCACCACCCCAGGAGGAGGCUGAGGCAGGGGCCGGGGGCUCCCACCGCUUGGACACAGUCUCCCUCUCCACCAAAAGCCACUCACAGCAGCUGCGGCCCUCCAUGGGCUCCGCACCUGGUGCUCCUGAGCGCCCCCUGCAGGAUGGCUGCCCUGCCCUCCCGCCUCUGUGUGUCUCCACUGGUGCCACUGUCCCCUACUUUGCAGAGGGCGCUGGGGAGCCUGCACCCACCACCAGCACCUGGAUCCUUCCCCCAGAAUACAGCUCUUGGGGCUACCCCUAUGAGGCCCCGCCGUCCUAUGAGCAGAGCUGCUGUGGUGCUGACCCUGGCCUGAACCCAGGGAGCUGACCUUCAGGAGCCGACCCAUGAUGCCUUCUAGGCGGGCCUGGCCCCUGCCCUGGGACUGGGUGCCCAGGGCCUUGUGCCUUCACUCCUGGCCGGGCCCAGCCCACUCAGGACCAGCCUCUUCCAGCUUCACUGGGGCUGGGGUGGGGCUGGCGAAGACCUGGGACCUGGAGAGACUGCUCUGUAAAUAAAGCGCUUUGUUUGUAUAGUG